AAAAUCACUAGAUUUUCAAAGUUUGCUAGUAGCUUGUAAAUAUCAAGUCAAGCGUCUUUGUAACAUAGGAUAAAUAAUUGGAAUUUCGUGUGUUAUAAAUAAUAGUAAAUAAUGAAAAAUAAAAUUUUUUCUAUCUCCAUCAAAUUGACGUAAAAUCAGUGGUCUUAAAGUCCAUUUUAUUCAUUAGUGUACUGUUAUUCUAAUUACUUUGUUACUUUGAGGUUAUAUUACAUGGAAGAUUAGAAACACUAUUACGCGAGAUUAAAUUACAAGAUGAAGAGAUCACAUUCUAAACGAGAAAGAGAUGAAUACGAAAAUUAUAGACACUCGAGGGAUUUCGAUCGAGACCGAGAUCGAGAUAGAGAUAAAAAUCGCGAGCGCAAUCGUGACCGUGAUCGAAAUCGAGAUCGAGAUCGAGAUCGAGAUGGAAUUAGGGAUCGUGAUCAAGAACGCGACAGAGACUAUUAUUAUUACGAUAAUAAAAAUAGUAAAAGAAAUGUUUCUCACAAGAGGGAUCAUGAUCUCGAAGAAGCUAACAGAGAUGAGCGGUCAUACAACCGACGUGAAUUGAGAAAAAUGAAAGAUCACAGGGAGGAAAAGGAGAAUAGGAAGAAGUCAGAAAAAGAUAAAGCUUCAGAUAAAGAAAUGGAGAAAAAACAAGAAACGAAUGCUUCUAAUGAAGCAAUUGAAAGACAAAAUCGAACGGUUGAGUUGUUAACAUCAAGAACAGGUGGUGCUUAUAUACCACCUGCAAAGCUGCGUAUAAUGCAGGCGGAGAUUACCGAUAAAUCAGGGGCAGCGUAUCAACGUAUUGCAUGGGAAGCCCUCAAAAAAUCGAUACACGGUUACAUUAACAAAGUUAACGUGAGUAAUAUUGGGCUUAUAACUAGGGAACUUUUGAAAGAAAAUAUCGUCAGAGGUAGAGGUUUGCUUGCUAGAUCCAUCAUACAAGCUCAAGCAGCAUCACCAACCUUCACGUCCGUUUAUGCAGCCCUCACUGCAAUCAUUAAUUCUAAAUUCCCCAAUAUAGGAGAAUUAAUAUUAAAACGUCUAGUAAUACAGUUUAAACGCGGGUUUAGAAGAAACGACAAGCCUCUCUGUAUAUCUUCUGGGACAUUUAUAGCACAUUUAGUAAAUCAAAGAGUAGCACAUGAAAUUGUAGCUUUGGAAAUUUUGACGUUAUUAGUAGAAACACCAACAGAUGAUUCAGUAGAAGUGGCUAUUGCAUUUUUGAAGGAGUGCGGUAUGAAGUUAACAGAGGUUUCUAGAAAAGGUAUUGAAGCUAUAUUUGAAAUGUUAAGAAAUAUAUUACACGAAGGACAACUGGAUAAGCGUGUACAAUAUAUGAUUGAAGUUAUGUUUCAAGUCAGAAAGGAUGGAUUUAAAGAUCAUGAAGCUGUUCCAGAAGAGCUUGAUCUUGUGGAAGAAGAGAAUCAGUUUACUCAUUUAAUAACAUUAGAUGAAGCAACAGAUUCUCAAGAUAUAUUGAAUGUAUUUAAGUUUGAUACAGAAUAUGUCGAUAAUGAAGACAAGUAUAAACAAUUGAGUAAAGAAAUAUUAGGUUCAGACGUUAGUAGUUCAGAAAGUGAAGAAGAGGAUGAAGAAGAGAGUUCUGACGAAGAUAGUACUACUGCUGUAGUAGAAGAGAAAGAAGACGCAAUUGUAGAUAACACAGAAACAAAUCUCACUGCUCUUAGGAGAACGAUAUAUCUAACAAUACAUUCGUCACUCGAUUUUGAAGAAUGUGCGCAUAAAUUAAUGAAAAUGCAAUUAAAACCUGGACAAGAAACUGAACUUUGUCACAUGUUCUUAGAUUGUUGUGCAGAAAUGAGAACGUACGAAAAAUUUUUCGGGUUAUUGGCUGGUCGAUUUUGUGCUAUUAAUAAAAUGUAUGUUACGCCAUUUGAACAAAUUUUUCAAGAUUCAUAUCAUACGAUACACCGCUUAGAUACAAAUAAAUUACGUAAUGUAUCAAAAUUUUUCGCUCACUUACUAUUUACUGAUUCUAUAUCGUGGGAAGUAUUGUCUUGUAUAAAGUUAACUGAGGAGGAUACGACCAGUUCCAAUAGAAUAUUUAUCAAAAUUUUAUUUCAAGAACUUUCUGAAUAUAUGGGAUUAUCUAAGCUCAAUCAACGUGUGAAAGAUGUUACAUUGCAACAUGCAUUUGAAGGAUUAUUUCCCAGAGAUGAUCCUAAAAAUACUCGUUUUGCAAUCAAUUUUUUUACAUCUAUUGGACUAGGUGGUCUCACAGAUGAUUUAAGGGAACAUUUGAAAUCUCAUCCAAAACCUGUUGCAAUUCCAGCAUUAGAGCAAAAAAAUGAGAGUGCAAGUGAGAUUUCUUCUGCAGAUUCUUCUCUCUCCAGUUCAAGUGACUCGUCGUCAUCUUCAACCUCUUCAAGUAGUUCAAGUUCUGAUGACUCUGAUGUAUCUUUGGAUAAAGAAACGAAGAAAGGAAAGAAAAAAUUGAGAAGAGAACAAAAAAAGAAACAACCAAUCAAGGAAAACAAAAAGAAACAUAAAAAAAAAGUAAAACAUAAAAGGGUGAAAAAGAUCACGUAGAAUUUGUGUAUAAAAUAAAAAAAUAUUUUUAUCUUUCAUUAACGUUACGUUAUAUACAACAGCUGGAAUUAAGGAAGCUUAUAUGUAUAUAUUGAAACACAAAAUUUUUAAAACAAAAAUAAAUUACGUUGUCAAUAAAA